UGGUCUGCUCUUUGUUCCUCUGUGGUUCUUCACUGUCUGAGAACUUCAUUCAGAUUUAACCACAAUAAGCAGUUCAGCACUGAAUCGUGAAUCGGUUCACUUUAUGUUUGGAUCAUUUCGGUCAGUCUUGCACUGCAAUUGCUUGUUGCUGUUUUUUUCCAGAAAAGAUUAUGUUUAGGCUGCUGAUCUCGAUCUUCUCCAAAUCAAAGGCAUUCCUUUACGCCAGACUCACACUUCAUUAAUAAUGGAGCUCUUUUGGCAGCUCACUGAAAAAAGCUGGCUUUUCUUCAAACAGUGAUCAGAGUACGUGUUUAUAAAGGUUUUAUAAAGCAGGGAUGUUGGAGGGUUGGAUAUAACCCUGUCACAUCUAACCGAACCUAAAGACAAUCAACACCAACAGAAGGCCGUAACGGCUCGAUCUGCUGUCUCUAUGGCAACGACCUCCUUGGCAACAACACACUUGGUGUGCGAGCCGUGCGAGCAGCAGUCGUGUUGGUACACUGAUUAAACCCACGCUAACCCAGUCCAUAAAGCAGACUGGAAAUUUAGUUAGAGAGAUUAUAUUGGAGUAGUUUAAAGAGUGCGGCUCAACACAACAUUCAAAUCUGAACACUGGGCCCGUUUAAAUGUGUGAAAAGACAGCCCAUGUGGUCAGCGCUGUGAUGCAGAUGAAGAAGCUGCAGGCCAGAAAAUACAAGGAUGCUGUUCUGUUCACUGACCCUGCUGCAGAUACUGAUGACAUGGCAGAGGCUAAACAGAGAGCUCUUCUUGAUCAGCGCCAUCUAGAGACGUACCACAGGAUUCACCGGCUGAGGGACAGACUGUACCAGCACUACUCUGAGUUACUGACAGAGAAGAUCCAGAGACAGAGGCAGGAGCUGAAGAUGCAUCAUGACUCAGCUUCCCAGAAAAACACAGAAAAUGACACUGAACAGAGAAAAAGAAAACCACCCGUCCAGAAGCUCAUAGCUUCAACCCUCAAGCAUGAUGAUGCGUAUCUGGCUGCUUUACCUAAAACACGCUAUUAUCUGAUCCUGGAGCUUCAGAGGCUCCUGGCCCAGCGUGGGUGUCUGCAGGGUCCCAGGGAGCAGGAGGUGUUCCAGCACUGGGUGGACCAGGCCAAAACAGCACAACUGGAGAAACAGCUACAGCAGAUCGUGCUUCGCAGCAAGUCAGCUCCAGUGCUGACGGUGGAAGACUUGCUACAGAAGAAGAAGAAGAAGAAGAUGCCGGAACAUCUCCCACAGAUACAGGUCUCAACUGAAGAGAGCUCAACCCAACAGAAGCAUCAGACUGCAGUCUCAGAGAGUGCAUCAGGAGCGUUAGCUGUCUCUCCUCGUCUCUACAGCAAGCAGAUUCAGAACCAAACUGAGCUGAAGUUUCCCAGCGUCUUCUCACAGGAGCUCAGAGUGCCCAGGUUCUCCACUCUACAGCCCAGAUUUCUGGAGACCUUCAAGACCAACCCUCUUCUUCUGAGAGUGAAGGAGCCACCUCACCAAUCGAAAGCUGCAGUCGUGACCCAACACCAGCUUCGCCUGAUGCACAGCCUCUCCCUGUCUCACAUCGCUCACACACACAGACUGCUGGACAAAACGGGACUUGCUCUUCAUCGUGAUACAAGAUACAGCAUCAGCGACCUGUUGGAGCAUGUGUGUCCAAACAAAAUCUCAAUUAAUGAACCGAGAUGUUCAACACAGCCUCUUCUCCCACCACUGCAGUCUCUGGAAGAUCACUCCAAAACUGAACUUCCAAAACCUUCUAUGGAGGACACAGUCACUCCAUCCCACCAGGCAAGCAGCAGGAAACAGACUGACGACUCUGCGUUAAGCUACGAUAAAGCUCCGAACUCCUCCAGCUCAGAUGUUCCUCUGUCCAUGGAGGACAUUCACUCUCCGAGUAUUUCAUUGGCUAAAGACCCUGAUGACAAGACCUGGACCAAUUAUGUGUCUUAAAGUCAGCACUUUCAGCACUGCUCUGACCCCUUUUAAGAUAAAGAGGCUUUUUUUUAUACUAAAUUGUGUUUUUCUUGUUGCUUUUGUAACAUUAGAGACUUCUACUAAAAUAUAUCUUUAAGUGUAACUCACAAAUUAUGUAUAUACUUCUGAUAAAUUUGACUCAAUUUAAUCAAAUGCCACUUCAGCAACUGUAAUAUGUACUUUAAAUGUGUUUAUUUAGUUUAUAAAUUUAUAUGAAACAUAUAUUUUAUUAUGUUUCAGAGUCUGAUAUAUGUAAUAUCUGCAUGGUUUGAACAAUAAAAUACAAUAAAUAAGUAAUAAAAUAAAUUGUAAAAUAAA